AGAGUUGGGUGGUUUCUGCUAUUGUGCAAAUAGGACAGAGCUUUGAAAAUCUUUGCUGUUACAUGAAUCAGAUGGCAAUGACCUGCAUAAAGAUCUGAUUUCUACCUGAGAAAAUGUUCCAGAUCCUCACAAUAUUGUUGCUGGAAACACAGUUCUCCAUGGUUUCAGCUUUACUUACAGUUGAAGUUCCUCAACAGCUCUACACUGCAGAGUAUGGGAGCAAUGUGACCAUGGAAUGCAGAUUCCCUGUGAAUGGCUCCAUAGAUCUAGGACUUCUGACUGUUCUUUGGGAGCAGAAAAGGCAGGGCUGGUUGAAAUCAAAAGAAGUGUACACAUUCCGUAAUGGGAAGGUACUCCAUCCGUCUCAACAUCCUGAUUACAUAGGAAGAGCAUCACUUCUGCACCGUGAACUGAAGUUGGGACGAGCCAUCCUUCAGAUCACCAAUGUGAAGAUCACAGAUGCAGGGUCAUACCUUUGUCUCAUUGAGUACCAGGGAGUGGACUACAAGUACAUUGCUUUGGAAGUAAAAGCAUCUUACAAGAGAAUAAACACUCAAGUAAUGAGAAUACCAGGUGAAGACACGUUUGUUUUUAUGUGCCAGUCAGAAGGCUUUCCUCUGGCAGAGGUUUUCUGGCAACAUGAGAACUUCAAUCUCAGUGGACCUGCAAAUACCACCUAUACACUGACUGCAGAUGGCCUCUACAAUGUCACCAGCAUCCUCACAAUCAAACCAAACAUGAGUGAGAACUACACCUGUGUCUUCUGGAAUAAAGAACUGAAUGGAGAAACUUCAGCUUACAUUUCCACUUUAGCUUUAACGAGUACACAGUAUAGUGGACAAAAAAUCCUGAUCUCUUUAAUCAUCCCCAUAUGUGUGACUGUAGCUGUCCUUCUCUCUGCACUAAUAACAUUUCAGAAGAGAAAAUCAUUCAAGAAUGAGAAACCCAAAAAAGACAGGAAAAGAAAACUGAACCCUAAUGCAAAGGAUGAGAACAGCGAUGAUUUUAGCGCUCAGACUGAGGCUUUAUACUUGUCAGCUGUCACAGCUUCAAGAGACAGUGGGACUGUGGGUCUGUGAAAACUCUUCAUCUUACGUGCCAUAAUUUGCACUUUUUCUAUCUGUUUUGGGGACGUCAAAAGAAAAUUACAGCACUUUAGUCUUGGGAUAAACAGUGAACUCAUGGGGAUGUAUUUGCACUGCAGCGAUGGAAAGCUAUGCCUCCUCAAAUACCAUACCUUCUUGAAGUUACUGAGAACUAUGCUGUCAUGAAGUGUGAUUUACCACCACUGUGGAGAGGUCAUCUGAGUGCCUUUGUAACACUUGACUUUUGGACUUACUGUUGCUCAAGGGAUUUUUGUUUAAGAAUGUUUUUAUUAACUGUUUCAGUCUCAGGAAUGGUGCUUGUAUUCAAACAUCUUGUGGAAUUUGAAUAAAAGCUAUAAAUGCUAUCUUAUGUCAAUUAUCUUUCAGGUGGAAACAUCAUUACAUGCCCAUAUCCCAUUUCCAAAUUUUCUAACACAUUAAACUGGAUAUUACCACAAGUACCCAUGAUCAUGGCAACAUCUAAAAGAUAUUUCAUAUCACAAGAGCAAUAAGAGGUUGAAAUUGAAUCAAAUGACAGAAAAAAAACCACAAUCCAGCAAUAAAUCAACAUUAUGUUGCAGUAGAGAAUUUUCAUGUCUGUAUAAAACCUCACAAGUAAGUAGGAAAAAAAACAUGAACUGUGAUGCUAUGCUACAUGACAGUAUGAAGUUUCAAAUGUGAACUGAUUAUUCAACAGAAUUUUCUUUAGGAUGGAUUUCAAAGCACAAGUGAAGCUCAGACAGGUUUCUGCAUUGGUUAUUUUUUUGCCUUUGUUCAGAGCCUUUUCCAUGCCAGACUGCUUUACUUCCUAAUACUGGAAUGCCAGAUUUGGAAAAAAACAUCCAAAAUGAAACAACUUUGCCUCUUAGAUAGUCAUGAGACAGUGAAGCAAGGGCACUGGGUAAGAUUUGUCUUACUGUUUUUGGAAGACCGGUGGCUUUGGUAAGCUGUGUUUUCUACUAAGAUAGAUGUAACAAGACUGAAGAAAGGUGUUCACAUGGAUGCUACUUCUGUCAUGAUCUUGCUCUUAAAAGAGUUCCUCUGCUUUAAGCUUUUUUCACAGCACUUGCUCUUAAUUUGGAUGGGACACUGCUUCUCCAGUGUCACUUUGCAGCUAUUUAUUCCAGCAAAAGGUGGACCUACAGUGCUGCUAGGAGACCAGAACAUCAGCAGUCAUUCUCUCUUGGACAAGUGAUUUUAAAAAGACUACCAUUGAUUUUACUCAUAGAAGAGGAAAACUAACCUCUCUCUGACAUCAUCUGUACUUUAAUAUCUAUGUACUGCACCUUUAAUUACCCUUUGUAGCUGCUGGAUUCAGCUGAGACAAAUCCACACUAGGCUUGAUAUGUCCUAUGUCCUUGCUGACACAGCAAAUCAGGCAGAUGUCAGAGAAUUAGAGGCAGCUUCUUGAAGCAUUGGUUAGCUUAAUAUGGAAUAGCAGCUUGAGAACUGCCCAGGCUUGCACCAUUUAGCAGUAUUUAAGGGUCAGUGCACAAUGUCAAGCAAUUUCUCUGUUUCAGAUUUGUACUCUGCUGGGAACUAUGAGCCCUUCUGUCAGCCAUGGUGAAAUCUAACCCACUGUGCUCCUGCAAAGAGUUAAUUUUGCAUUUUUCUGUCAAUUUUUUUCCUCAUGAAAAUGAAAUGGGAGUAAUUAAAACUGAAUUUAUGUGUAUGAACAUAAAUAGUACACCACAGUCUUUGCAAUUAGAUUAUGGUGAUACUAUUUUUCCUUACUGAAAUGGAAGUCAUUCUGUCAUUUUCUUUUACUGGUGAGUAAACGCUGCCUUGGUGUGGGCAGCAAAGAACAAGUGUGGGUAGCGUUUCCUGACCAUUUUACAGGCAUGGCAAACACUACCCUGCUUUCCCUCUUACUGGAUUGUACACUGAAAGGUUUCACCUGGCAUCCCUAGGCAGAGGCAGUUUUCCACAGAUUUCCACAACACUCCUAUCCUCUAUCCACUCCAUUUCAUUAUGAAUGGAACAAUAGCACUGUUUACUGCAAUAACUGUAGGAAUACCUAGAAAUGUAUUUUGGCUCAUGAGUUUCUAUUUUCACCAGCUCUUGCUGGAUGCUUAUGAAGCUGACUGACACAUCCGAGUAUGUGAAAGUUAGCUUGUCAGCAGCUUGGCCAGUCUAUCUAUGUGUAUGAAUUAAUGCAAAGCUUGUCUUUUACUGUAAACCAUUGAGCAUAUGAUAUGUGUGUGAUAUGAUGAAUCUCAGUUCUUUCUGCUUCACCUACUGUUUUACACGCUGUUAUCUCCAAACAGCUGAAGUGAAUUUUCAUGCACAGAUAAACUGCCUGCAAAAUGUU